AUGGCGGAUCCAACGGUUCCGCCUGAUCUCGCUUCAAUUCUUGCAACCCUCGCACAAUUCGCACCACAACAACAACCAGAUCAACAACAAACUCCACCACCUUCAGCCACAACUCCAACCAUCACAGAUCCUAGACUACAAAGACGCCAACAAUCCCAACCUCUUCAACCAACAGCACAACCUUGGAGUCAAAUACCAAGUCAGACCCAGCAGAAUGAGUCUCAAUCAACAAGCACUUAUAACCCUCAAGCUGCUGUCUUUCAACCUGUAAAUCCACAAGGACGAGCACCUUCACAGCCAUCAAGGACACCGAUACCUCAGCAACAGGAACAGACUAUCAUUGAUCCUGCAACUAUCACCGAGUGGUCUGCUGGUUUGAGAUGCGUGACCAAGAUCGCUGCUCAGAAUCCAAUCUUUGCAGACAAGAUUCGUGGUUUGAUUAACGAUCAGAGACGAAAUGAGAUGCAAUGGUAUUCGAGCAGGCAAGCACUGAAGCAAAUGCAAGCGAAAAGAUCUACUUCUACCAACGAGCUGCAGAAUAUUUUCAAAACAAUCGGCAGUACAAACACGCCCACAACCCCUCAAACCCCUGAGGACAAAGCCGCAGAACUUGCUGCCUUUGACCAAAAACUCUACAAAGCACAACUCGACAUGAAUGAGAGCAUGUCUCAAGUACUCAAGCAUUUAGGGGUUCCUUUCUUCGGAACUCAUGCUGCGCUGAUCUUGCCUGAUCAUGUUGGUAAUGAUGCUGAGGAGAGUAAAGUGAUGGAUGUACAGGGAGAUAGACCAAAGUGGUCACCAAGAAUCACUGCCAAAGAGUUGAUGGAGUUGAAGAGGAGGAUGGUCGGUCACCUAGAAGACAUGUACAAGAACUAA